AUGAUCAAAGUACAUGAGCUCUCUUUGGUUGGAAUAUUCAUCACAGCUUGCACAAUCCUCCGAUUUCUCCCUGUAUUUAGAAACUGGUUUAUUGCGAACCCCUUCGAGAGCUGUUUUACUUACAGGUACGUGCUUUUAGCAGAGAUUACAAUCUCUGCUAAACUGCGGCACGCAGAGGUCACUACGUGCAUUAUUUAUUUAAAAAUAAAUGAGAAACUAACGUAUUUUAAGCCGCCAGAACCGAUGGUAGAGCCUCCAAAGGCUGGGAUGAUUACUAACACUGGUAUGGGGCUCUACCUUGGUUUCUCCUCUUUGCCGAAACAGUCGAAAAGUACCUUGAGACGCCGUGCACGGGGCUGUGUUUGUGUGUCUUCCGGAUGUGAGACAGAGGUGGCUACUGACACCACCACAUCUUCGCAAACGAAAAAUUAAUUAUGCAUUUUAAAUAGGCUCAUUAGUUCUGUCAGCUGUUUCGUAUACAUAACCUUUCUUAUAUAUUCGUCGCUGUUUAUUUAGUUUACACGGCACCCUCUGUUGCAAUAUUGUCAAUAGUUGAGCAAUUCCCCCGAGUUUGAGGGUAUCCUGGGAAAGACAAAGUGAAGAGGUGACUUGAAUUAAUUGUUAUCCG